AGUUAGUUUAGUGAGAGGCGCGGGCGUCGAGCGGCUUGCAGUCUCCGAACAUAUUAACACAACGAAUAACUGUUAGUAAACUCAGAAAACAGUGAACAUAUAUGUUCUGAUUUAUCGAUAUAAUGGCAGUGUUGAGUGUAACAAUGAGUGAAGAGAACUCUGUAAGCGAUGAUUUAAAACGACAGGCGGCUACGUUUUAUAAUUCAACGGAAAGGGAACGCACAAAUCACACACCAUGUUGGCGGUUCUGGGAGAAACGGAGACUAAUAGUCGCUCUGCUGGCUUUCUUCGGCUUUUUCAACGUUUACGCGCUGAGGGUCAACCUGUCUGUUGCCGUGGUUGCAAUGACGGAGCCUCUGCAGGUGGAACUGGCAAACGGAACUAUAGUCUACGUACCAGAAUUCGACUGGUCGUAUCAAACAAAGGGGCUGGUGUUGAGUUCAUUCUUUUAUGGCUAUAUCAUCACUCAGCUACCCGGCGGCUGGCUGGCUGCUAAAAUAGGAGGUAACAGGAUGUUCGCGAUAGGAGUCGGCGCCACAUCUCUUUUGACGCUCUUCACUCCACCUCUGGCACACACCAGUACGGCAUUAUUGAUCACUGUACGAAUUCUGGAAGGAUUAUUUGAGGGUGUAACAUACCCAUGUAUUCACGCAGUAUGGUCUCGUUGGGCACCGAGUGAGGAACGAGCCAGAUUGGCGACGUUUGCCUUCAGUGGUAGUUACAUUGGCACUGUUGUGUCUAUGCCCAUAAGCUCUAUGCUAGCACAUUAUACAGGCUGGCCGGGAAUCUUUUACGUUUUUGGUAUUGUGGGUUUGGUUUGGACGACGAUAUGGUGGCUUGUCGUCAAAGAAUCUCCUGAAAAUGAUCCUCAUAUAACUGCCGCUGAGCUAAAAUAUAUACAGGAGUCCCGUGGUGCCACAUCAAUAAAUGGUUCACGCAUUAGACACCCAUGGAAAGCCAUGCUAACAUCUGGACCAGUUUGGGCGAUAGUGGUGGCGCAUUUCAGUGAAAACUGGGGUUUUUAUACCUUGCUCACUUUCCUGCCUACGUUUAUGCACGAUGUAUUCAAAUUCCAAACAUCGCAGACUGGUUUUCUGUCAGCGGUGCCAUAUUUGGCCAUGGCUAUAGUUUUACAAGUCGCCGGUCAUAUGGCGGACUGGCUGUUGAAAAUGCAGAUUUUAUCUCGAACCAAUAUCAGGAAACUAUUUAAUUGCGGCGCUUUUCUUUCGCAGACGGUGUUUAUGGUCGCCGCUGCGUACGCACCUUCAGUGUCCGGAUGUGUCGUGUGUCUCACUAUAGCGGUCGGACUGGGCGGAUUCGCUUGGUCUGGCUUUAGUGUAAAUCACUUGGACAUCGCCCCACCACACGCGAGCGUGUUAAUGGGUCUAUCGAACACAAUCGCAACUCUGCCUGGUAUUAUCAGUCCCCCAUUAGCCGGCUCGAUAGUAACUGACAGGACGGCGGAACAGUGGCGGAUAGUAUUCUUCAUAUCAAGCGCCAUCUAUCUUCUCGGUGCGAUAGUCUACGGUGUGUUUUGUUCAGCGGAGAAACAACCCUGGGUCGUUGAAGUUGAAAGCGAUGCCAGUUUUGACACAGAUGGCGCCUCUGUUACAACCACACGCGGUUACGAUAAUAAAGCUAUGGACUCGAGUUCUGAAAUGUAGAUUUUAUACUUAUUUGUAAAGUUUGUAAUAUAAAAUAUUGUAGCAAA